AUGCGGGCACCGUUGCCUGCGCCCACGGCGGCGCUCCGUCUUGCCGCCCGUGGAGCCAAUACACGCCGGCUGGGCUCUGCCUUCGCCGCGCAAUCGAGAUGCCUUUCCCAGACAGCCGGCGCCUCAUUGCGGCCGACCACAAACCCCUCGCGAGCGAUGCGCAAGCAGCCGUCGGCGGUCCUUGGCCAUGUGCGUGCCAUCUCAGGGAAGCCGCUUCCGCAGGCCAACUCGUGGGUCCUCAACUUUGCCUACCGGGCCGCUGCCUGGGUCGGCUCGUCCAUCACCGUCGUCGGCAUCGGCGUCUUUGCCUUUUUCCUCUACGACGCCAGCACAUACAAGGAGCACGCCGUCCACGGCGACAUCGACGUCUCGCGCCUUGCCCUGCAGCCCCGUCGCGGCGGUCCCAAGAACCUCCCCAUCGCCGACGUCUUCAUCGACGACGACGACAGCGAGGCCAAGAAGCGGACAAAGAAUAAGCCCAAACUCGUCAUUCUGGGCGGUGGCUGGGGCGGCGUCGCCCUUCUCAAGGAGCUCAACCCCGACGACUAUCACGUCACCGUUAUAUCUCCCGCAAACUACUUUCUCUUCACGCCCAUGCUCCCGUCGGCCACAGUGGGAACCCUAGAACUGCGCUCCCUCGUCGAGCCCAUCCGUCGCAUCAUCAGCCGAGUCAGUGGCCACUUUAUCCGCGCCAAGGCAGAAGACGUCGAGUUCGCCCACAAGCUGGUCGAGGUCUCCCAGCUGGAUCAUCGCGGAAACGAGGUGCGCUUCUAUGUGCCGUACGACAAGCUUGUCAUCGCAGUCGGCUCUGUCACCAACCCGCACGGCGUCAAGGGACUGCAAAACGCCUUCUUCCUCAAGGACAUUGACGAUGCGCGCAAGAUCCGGAACCAGGUCAUACAAAACCUGGAACUCGCGUGUCUCCCAACAACACCAGACGACGAGCGCAAGCGGUUGCUCUCCUUUGUCGUUAGCGGCGGUGGUCCCACGGGCGUCGAGUUCGCGGCCGAAUUGUUCGAUCUCUUGAACGAGGACCUGACGCGGCACUUUCCCCGGCUCCUGAGGAACGAGAUAUCGGUCCACAUCAUCCAGAGUCGAAGCCACAUUCUCAACACGUACGACGAGACCGUCUCCAAGUAUGCCGAGGGUCGAUUUGCCCGCGACCAGGUCCAAGUCCUGACCAACUCGAGGGUCAAAGAGGUCCAGUCUGAUAAAAUAAUCUUCACGCAGAAGCAGGAUGACGGCAGCCUGGUGGAAAAGGAGCUUCCCAUUGGCUUCUGCCUGUGGUCGACCGGCGUCGCGCAGACCGCCCUCUGUCAGAAGCUGACCCACAGUCUUGGAAGCUUCCAGGGCAACCGCCACGCAAUCGAGACCGACACCCAGCUGCGAGUCAACGGGACACCGCUGGGCGAUGUGUACGCCAUUGGAGACUGCUCUACGGUCCAGAACAACGUUGCCGAUCACAUCAUCACCUUCUUGCGGACUUUGGCCUGGAAGCGCGGCAAGGAUCCCGAGACUCUCCAGUUGCACUUCAACGACUGGCGCCAGGUCGCUCAGGAUGUGAAGAAACGCUUCCCCCAGGCCGUCAACCACUUGAAGCGCCUAGACAAGUUAUUCCGCCAGUUUGACGCCGACCAAUCCGGCACCCUCGACUUUGGAGAGCUGCGGGAGCUCCUGACCCAGAUCGACAGCAAGCUGACGUCGCUGCCGGCGACGGCGCAGCGCGCGCAUCAGCAAGGCUGCUACCUGGCGCAGAAGUUCAACAAGCUGGCCCGCUUGGCAGAAGGCCUCGACGCAAAUGAUAUUCGCGACGGCGACGUUGAUGCGGCCGUGUACAAGGCCUUUGAGUACCACCACCUGGGCAGCCUUGCCUACAUUGGCAACUCUGCCGUCUUCGACUUGGGCGAGGGCUGGAGCAUCGCCGGCGGUCUGUGGGCCGUUUAUGCCUGGCGCUCCGUGUACUUUGCGCAGAGCGUGAGCUUCCGGACGCGGUCUCUCAUGGCCAUGGACUGGGCCAAGAGGGGUGUCUUUGGACGAGAUUUGAUGAGUUUCUAG